CUCCUCUCAGUUCCGCCCACCAGAAGGAAGCACUACGGCGCCGGCGUCAAUUCUGCGCUGCCCCGCCCUCCCUCCAGACCGGAUGUUAGCUGACCUCCCAUAGUGCUUCGCGAGUGGCGGGCAUGAUAACAAAUCCCAGAGAUUUGCACGCGGGUUCAGGUUGUCAAAGUCGGAGCUGCUCUGCAAGGUGUGAAGGAGGCGCGUCCACUGCCUAGUCGAUGGCGCUGCUCCGGGGCAUGUGGGGUGCGCUGAGGGCCCUGGGAAGGUCUGGAGCCGAGCUGUGCGCGGGUUGUGGAAGCCGACUGCGCUCACCGUUCAGUUUUCUGUAUGUUCCCAAGUGGUUUUCAUCCACCUUGAGUAGCUAUCCGAAGAAACCUAUGACUUCAUACCUUCGAUUUUCUAAAGAACAGCUACCCAUAUUUAAAGCUCAGAACCCAGAUGCAAAAAAUUCAGAACUAAUUAGAAAAAUUGCGGCGCUAUGGAGGGAACUUCCUGAUUCAGAGAAAAAAUUGUAUGAAGAUGCUUAUAGGGCAGACUGGCAGGCAUACAAAGAAGAGAUAAACAGAAUUCAAGAGCAGCUUACUCCAAGUCAGAGACUAUCUUUGGAAAAAGAAAUGCUGCAAAGACGUUUAAAAAGGAAAUCAUUAAUAAAAAAGAGAGAAUUAACAAUCCUUGGAAAACCAAAAAGACCUCGGUCAGCUUAUAACAUUUUUGUAUCUGAAAGCUUCCAAGAAGCCAAAGAUAACUCAUCACAGGCAAAGCUGAAGUCUGUAAAUCAAUCCUGGAAAAAUUUGUCUGAUUCUGAAAAGCAAGUAAGUAUUAGGCUUUUAGUCUCAGCCCCAGUGAGAAUAUAUUUUAGUAAUAGUAUUUUAAAACUAUUUUCAUAGUAUAAAAACCAAUCU